UUCAUUAUUCAUUUGAUUCUUGAUGACUUGGGCGCUGGGUUUUGGCGUAAAAGGUGAAUUUGGGUUGGUGGGUAUUUGAAGAAAGAGCAGAAGGGUUUGUUUAUUUGUUGAUGGUGGCUUUGUGAUUCGUAGUGUGAACUGGUUUACUGGGUGUUUGAUAAAAAGCGCCAGAGGGGUUUUCUUGGGGUGGAAAUAUGGGACAUAGUUCGAAGAAGAAGAAGCGUGGAGGAGGAGGGAGUGGGAAGAAGAAGAAGGCCUUGAAAGAUCAUGGGGCUUAUGUUGGUGGUGAUGAUAAUGAACUUCUUUCUGAAGAGAUCACUGCCUUGUGUGCAAUAUUUCAAGACGAUUGCAAAGUUAUGUCUGGAUCCCAUCCUCAAAUCAUCAUUAAGCUUAAGCCUCACUCGAAGGAUAUGGGUUAUGAGGAUCUAGAUGUUUCUGCACUUCUUUUAGUUAGGUGCUUACCAGGGUAUCCUUACAAGUGUCCAAAGUUACAGAUAACUCCUGAGAAGGGUUUAUCACAAAGUGAUGCUGACAGGCUGCUAUCUCUUAUUCAUGAUCAGGCAAAUUCUAAUGCUCGAGAAGGACGGGUAAUGAUUUUCAAUUUAGUAGAGACAGCCCAGGAAUUCCUAUCUGAAGUUGUGCCAGUGAGCCAAUCACAUGGCUCGGUAAUAUGUCCGACUAUGGGUAGCAGUGCUCAAUUGUUUCAGAAGGACAUUGCAAUUUCAAGUAACAAGAAGGGGCCUUUUGUUUAUGGUUUCAUAGACCUAUUCAGUGGUUCUGGAGAGUCUUGGAAUUGGGGUUUUGGAGUAGAUGAGACCAGUGGGAUAAAUCCUUCAGUCCCAUCGCACACAGUGGAUGGCUCCAAAGUCAAGCAUGAGAUUCAGGAAAAGAAACUUGAUAGGCAUGCAGAACCUUUGAAUUUACAAGAUAUAAAGAAAAGUUCAUUACUUUCCUCUACUGUCAAAUUAGACAGCCUUGAAGAAGACAGUGAAGAUGGCAACAAGAGCAUAGCUUCUACUAAUUCUAGUAGAUUUUUGUUGGAAGGUUUGGUAGGCAAUGGUGGUAAAGCUGAGAAAGAGAAUUUGGUUCUUGAGGAGGAUUCAACAGAAGAUGAUUGCGAAUUCGGAAGUGAACAAUCAGAGUCACUCUCGUUUGCUUCCUUGGGUCAUGAUCAAGUGUCUCAAACUGUUAAAAAGGAUCUUAUAAUGGUUCAUCUGCUCCGUCUUGCCUGCACUUCUAAGGGACCUCUGGCUGAUGCUUUGCCACAAAUAACCACAGAAUUGGAAAACUUAGGGAUCUUAUCGGAAUGGGGAAGGGAUUUAGCAUCUAAACCACCUUCACUUUUGAAUAGAACUUUUAAUCAUGCUUUUAGAGAACAUAUGGUUUCAUCGCGAGUCUCUCAAUUUUGGGAACCCACAUCUGAUUUUGAAGGGCCAAGUACAUCUCUCCCAAGCUCUCGAUAUCUUAGUGACUUUGAGGAGCUACAGUCCCUUGGUCAUGGAGGCUUUGGCCAUGUUGUAUUGUGCAAAAAUAAACUAGAUGGAAGGCAGUAUGCAGUGAAGAAAAUUCGACUCAAGGAUAAAAGCCUGCCAGUUAAUGACAGAAUAUUGAGGGAAGUAGCCACACUUUCUCGUUUACAGCAUCAACAUGUUGUACGAUACUAUCAGGCAUGGUUUGAAACAGGUAUUGUUGGUGCUCAUGGUGAUACCACUUGGGGUUCAAUGACUGCAGCCAGCUCCACUUUCAGCUUCAAAGGUACAAACUCAGCAGAUGCUCUUGGGCAUGAGAAUAAGCUUGAAUCGACGUAUCUGUACAUUCAAAUGGAAUAUUGCCCUAGGACUUUACGCCAGGUUUUCGAGUCGUAUAGUCGUUUUGACAAAGAAUUAGCAUGGCAUUUGUGUCGUCAAAUUGUUGAAGGCUUGGCACACAUACAUGGACAGGGAAUCAUUCAUCGGGACUUAACCCCAAGCAACAUAUUCUUUGAUGCGCGCAAUGAUAUUAAAAUUGGGGAUUUUGGUCUGGCCAAGUUUUUGAAGUUGGAGCAGUUGGAUCAAGAACCUAGUUUUCCUCCAGAUACAGCUGGGGUUUCUCUUGAUGGUACUGGCAAAGUUGGUACAUAUUUUUACACUGCUCCUGAAAUUGAGCAAGGAUGGCCAAAGAUUGAUGAAAAGGCUGAUAUGUACAGCUUGGGAGUUGUAUUCUUCGAGCUAUGGCACCCAUUUAGGACGGCAAUGGAACGACACCAUGUCUUAACUGAUUUGAAACAGAAGGGCGAACUUCCUCCUGCUUGGGUUGCUGAAUUUCCUGAACAGGCAUCUUUGUUGCGACGCUUAAUGUCUCCAAGUCCAUCAGACCGUCCUUCUGCCACAGAACUUCUAAAGCAUGCAUUUCCACCACGAAUGGAAUCCGAGUUAUUAGACAAUAUUUUACGAACAAUGCAAACUUCAGAGGACAGAAGUGUAUAUGAUAAAGUUCUGAAUGCCAUCUUCGAUGAGGAGAUGUUAAGCAUGAAAGAUCAGCAACAUCAUGAUGGAAGAUUGGGAUCUGUAAGUGAUAUUUCUGCUAUUCAGUACGCAGAUUUACACACUGAGGCUCGUGAUUAUGUCGUUGACAUCACAAGGGAGGUGUUCAGACAGCAUUGUGCGAAACACCUCGAAGUAAUAACCAUGCGUUUGCUAGAUGACUGCCAACAGUUCAAUAGGAACACUGUCAAACUUUUAACCCAUGGAGGAGAUAUGCUUGAACUUUGUCAUGAGCUGCGCUUGCCUUUUGUUAGUUGGGUGGUCUCCAGCCAGAAAUCUUCAUUCAAACGUUAUGAAGUAUCAUAUGUGCACAGAAGACCUGUUGGACAUUCACCCCCAAGUCGCUACCUGCAGGGCGACUUCGAUAUUAUUGGAGGUGCAUCAGCAUUAACAGAGGCAGAAGUAAUCAAGGUGACAAGGGACAUUGUUGCUCCUUUUUUUAAUUCAGAUUUUUGUGAUAUUCAUCUAAACCAUGGGGACUUACUGGAAGCAAUUUGGUCUUGGGUAGGAGUCAAGUCAGAGCAUAGACAGAAAGUAGCAGAGCUCCUGUCUAUGAUGGGCUCUUUACGUCCUCAAUCCUCUGAGCGGAAAUCCAAAUGGGUGGUAAUCCGGCGUCAGCUUUUGCAGGAACUUAAUUUACCAGAAGCUGUUGUAAAUAGGUUGCAAACUGUUGGUUUAAGGUUUUGUGGAGCUGCAGAUCAGGCACUUGCUAGACUGAGGGGAGCCCUGCCAACUGAUAAACCAACGCGGAAGGCACUUGAUGAAUUGUCAGAUCUCUACAGCCACUUGAGAGUUUGGAGGAUCGAAAGACACGUUUACAUAAACCCACUUAUGCCACCAACUGAGGGUUAUCACAGAGAUUUGUUCUUCCAGGUAUAUUUAGUGAAGGAUAACAAUCCUGGAUCACUUACCGAAGGUACACUGCUUGCUGUUGGCGGUCGCUAUGACUAUUUGCUUCGUCAAAUGUGGGGUCUUGAACAUAAAUCAAGUCCUCCUGGUGCUGUUGGAGCCAGCCUUGCAUUAGAGACAAUAAUUCAGCAUUCUCCCGUCGAUGUUAAACCAAUCAGAUAUGAAGUUAGCAACGAUGUUCUUGUUUGCUCAAAAGGAGGUGGUGGUCUAUUGGCAGAGCGCAUGGAACUAGUCGCUGAGCUAUGGGAGGAGAACAUCAAGGCUGAGUUUGUUCCAAUACCAGAUCCAAGUUUAACAGAGCAGUAUGAAUAUGCAAACGAACAUGAUAUAAAGUGCCUUGUCAUCAUAACAGACACAGGAGUUUCACAGAAAGGUUCUGUUAAGGUCCGUCAUCUUGAACUCAAGAAAGAAAAGGAAGUUGAAAGAGAAAAUCUUGUCAGGUUUCUGCUGGAUGCAAUGGCGAUACAGUUUAAAAAUCCUUCCAUUUGGAAUUAGGUUUGUCCUUCCAAAGCAAUACUUUUCUGUUUUCCAGCAACUCUGUUGACUCCAGGAGAACCACACUGUUGAUUGAGUUAUGGCUCAUCUUCGGAAAUCGAGAAAAUCAACAUGAAGUUUUGCAGCGUUUUCUAUUCUUGUCUGAAGAGUUUUUAGGGUUCCUCACUUUGUAUUUGAAUUUGAAAAUUUGUAUAUAUUUCAUAAGUCAACUUGUUUAAUGAAUCAGAACUAGAAAUUAUUGAGAGACAGAUAAAUUUUUUGUUCUUGAUAUGUUAAAAGCGUUCUG